GUCAGUAGGUCGUUUUGAUGCUGAGGACUUGUGUCCGCUGUUUUUUUUCAGAGUAGAACAACUUGCCAGUAAAAGCGCCAUCUAACGGCGCAGCUAACGGUGAUGUUAGCAGUGUUUAUAGCUAGUAACGCUGGCUAAAGCGUUUUCCAGCAGCUACGGUUAACCGUGACAGCGGUGGGUGUUUACUUACAUUGGGUUUAGCUAUGUGGCUUGCACGGCUAUGGAGGACAGUCACACGGGAUGAUGGAGGGCGGGGAUACCAUGUGGAAGUCACAUGAGCGACGAGGAUGAGGCAUAAACAACAAGCGGGCAGCUUGAGGAGAGAGCCGCUGCACAGUGCCUGCCGCAGGGAGGGGGUUAGCUGCUGGUAAAGGCCCUGCACAAGCAGCCCCCUGUGUUCUCCGUUUUCUGAACAUAUGCAAUGAACAGCACGACCGAGCCCCCUGCCAUCAUAGAUGGGGAUGUGGCAGUCGGUUAUGUGUUGGUACCAUUUCUCCUCAUCACCAUCAUCGGAGUAGCUGCUGCUGUGGUCAUGUACAUUCGAAAGAAAAGGAGAAUUGACAGACUCCGUCAUCAGCUGCUGCCAGUUUACACAUAUGAUCCUUCAGAAGAACUUAAUGAAGCUGAACAAGAAAUGUUGUGGAGAGAAGAGGACACAAGGGUCCCAUUACUAAGGGGAAACACGUAUCAACGUGGAAACGCGACGCCGCUGCUCUCCAUCAAAUCGUUCAAGGCUGGGCCAGAAGUUACCAACAGCGACGCCCUCUUCUGACCAAAGACGUCAGUGCAUGAUGAUAGUUAACCACAGGAAAGGACAUUCGCAGCCAUCAGCCACAGAGAUCAGUCAAUUUUGAAGUCAUGUUCAAGACUCCCUUUGUCUGUUUUCUUUGUCUUCACCGCUAUUUGCCGUUUUCUUUGAUUAUAUCAACAACAGUCACCAUCUUCUUGUUUUUCCCGUUGUCGGUGAAGACUAGUGAGUGACUGUUCAUUUGUGUGGUUCUGAUGCCAAACCUGUGUGCUUAACAGACACAGUACCUACAACUUAUUUAUUUGACAUUAUUUAUUCAGACUUUUUACUGUGGUGUUGGGUGACACAAAUGACAGUUAAGAAAGGUGGACUGUAUCUAAAGAUACCUGCUGGCUUAAUCUGUUUACUCUCAUAGAAAAUGUUGUGGCUGACACGGUGGCAGCAGUUAUUGUCAAUAUGGGUUUCAGAAGGCAUUUGUACUGAGAUUUAUUUAGUUCUGCACUUGUUAAAACUUGACAGUCCUGCUGCAGGGUUUGUCUCUUGACAUGUUUGUGUGCAGGUUGUUGUGUUUACUAAAAACAGAUAUGACUUAUUUAAUGAAAUGCAACUUAAGCAGUCGAUUUUGGUGACAUGACACUGCAGAAAGAGCUUUUAAGUCAUUUUUCAUAUUGAUAAUGAUAGAAUAGCCGUCUGGUAAAUUUUAUUUAGUUUUUUUUUCUUUCUUUUUUUUUGUCAAAAGGACAAACACACACCCUCUUUGGUUCUAAUUUCCUCUCAGGAUUUAACUAGCUGCCCUACGAUCUGGACCUUUUUGUGGUUUAGCCAAGUCCUAUGACUCUUAUCAAUGGCAUGAAAAGCCAGUUACGAAGUAAAUAACACCAACCUCCGCUCAUCUCCGAAAUGAGUUGUGACUAGUGCCCUAAAUAUGUCCUGUCUACAAGGCAUGGCACCAGCACAGAUUUACCUCAAGCUGAAGAGUUUGUUCAGAAGAAUGCCAUAGGUCUGACUGUAUCAAGCACUCAGGAAACCUCACUUUUUUUUUCUUGAUGAAUUGCAGCCUUUCCUGAUCUUAAUUUGCCUUGCCUUUAUGAAUGUAAACCGAAUACAACUUGUACACUGUUCUUAUAGGGGAACGUGUAUCACAGUUAUUGUGAAUAUACAUGUCUUCGACAGAUGAUGCCUGGACUUUAUGCUUUCAGGUAUAACAUCUGGAGGUGCUUCACAAUGAGCAUGCACAUGGAUGUCUGCUGUAGUCCUAUCUGGACCCGAAAACAUUUUCAUGCCAGAACACAUUCCUCUAGUCUCUAGUCAUCUUGACAUCUCAUUUUCUACUCAUUUACUAGAGGUGAAGUGAAUGAACAUAAAAACACGGUAGUCAAAAUUAAAACUGUACAAAUAUCCAAUCGUAUCAUAUUGAUUUGCACUGUUGAACUUGUAAUGUGAUGCUCUGAUUUUAGAUUGCACUUGAAAAGUGAAAGAAUUACUGAUGUAAAUAGGACUUUGGCAGAACUGUUAUUGACUGCUGCUUUGAGAGAGAAUUGACAGGCUCAUUUGAACAUGUGAACAAAUAAUACAACUUUGCCUUUUGUGCAGUUACAUUUACAGUUAAAUUAGCCUGAUAGUCAUUAUGUUGAGACCAUUACCAAACACAUCACUGACCUACAUGUGUACUUGAGCCUUUGGGUGGAAAUAAAAGAGGAAAUGAAAGAAAAAUGACAAAGAAAAUUCUCUUUAUUGACCAUUUCUGAUACAAAUUGUUGUAGGGCACCAUAGAAAUAUAGACAUUGUACAUUUAUAUACGGUGUACAUUAAAAAGAAUGAUCCCAUCCUGUUGAGUUUACAGUAUAUAAAUGAACGGAUGCAAGUUGUUGGUAUGUAAAAUGACUGAUAUUGUUGAAAAGAAAAAAAAAAAAAA